GGGCUGCACGCAUGCGCGAGCUCGGCGUUUAUCACAGCAGUUUAACACGUUUGUAUGAUAUGCUCGCUACUGAUUUUGCAACAGAAAUGGUUGUAUGCGAUCGUGAAACAGCAAAUUACGUCAUGCAGUCCGUGCGCUGCUGCCUUUACUAGUGCGGAAAUCGGGAAAUUGCCGUCGCCCAAACUUUCCAGCUACCUAACUCUUUCAGCCUACUACUUUCUUAAUUGUCGACCACAUUUAUCACAGUAAUUAAUCACAUACGUCGCCUACGUUCAUCAUCUACUCUACUACGCAAUGGCAAGGACAAAACCACGGCCUAAGGUCACCGGUAAAGCCGGCCGGGGUGGUCCUGAUGGCAAGACAGUUACUGGCGGCAAGCCGGCUCAGAAGGCCCUUGCUAGUAAGGCUAGACGUCAAGUAGCAGGAAAGUCUACGCGAAAGGCACCUGUAGCUGUUAAGAAGAAGCGCAAGUUUAAGGCCGGCACUGUCGCAUUACGGGAAAUCAAGAGAUACCAGAGAGGUUUUGAACUACUCUUGCGAAAACUCCCCUUUUCCCGCGUAGUGCGCGAAUUGCACAGGUGCACAAGGCCGAUAUCCGCUUUCAACGAUCUGCAAUCGAAGCUCUUCAGGAAGCUACAGAAGCUUUCUUAG